UACGCUUUAUGAAGACAAACAUGAAUGAAUUGAGUACCGAAGUUUUUACCAUUUAAAAGGAGCAGAAGACACUUGUCAUCUCUUCCGAGCAAACAAGAAACGAAAGGACACGCCGCUCUUCCCCUCCACCCUCUCCCUCUCAUCUCUCACUCUAAAAGGAAAUCAAAGCCAUAGCGAUUCAUCUGCAUUCCAUUUGAUUUGGGGAUUCAAGAUUCAAGAACAUGAGUUCAUUUAUCAACUUCAGAAACUUCGUUGACACAUCGCAACCAGAGAUGAAUGGAAUCAGACAAAUGGCACCAAAUUCACCAUUAACCCGACAAUCUUCAAUCUAUUCCUUAACUUUCGAUGAGCUACAGAACACAUUAGGUGGAGGUGGGAAGGAUUUCGGAUCGAUGAACAUGGAUGAACUUUUGAAGAACAUUUGGACUGCGGAAGAGACUCAAUCAAUGGCGCUGACUUCUAAUUUUGGAAUCCCGAAUAACGGGAACGGGAAUAUACAAAGACAAGGAUCAUUGACGUUACCAAGAACACUUAGCCAGAAAACCGUCGAUGAAGUCUGGCGAGAGUUGAUGAAGAGUAACGGCGGAGGAAAAGGCGGCGAUUUGAUCGGAGAAAUUAAUUUACAGGCGGAGCAACGGGAACCCACUUUGGGGGAGAUGACAUUAGAGGAUUUCUUACUGAAAGCAGGCGUCGUAACUGAAAAUAAUCAAAUUCAAACGAAUGAAGGAUCUAUGAGACCUCAGAACCCUCAAAACGCUCAAAACAGCUCGUAUUUUGGUGAUGUUUCACAGAAUGUCGAAAACAAUAGCUUCAUUUUCGGGUUUCAAAACCCGAAUCAAAACCAUGGAUUUCAACAGCAAAUCACAGAGAAUAAAAAUGGACUCAACCUGCAACCAAAACCAAAUCCAAAUCAAAAAUCGCAGCCUCAGCCGCAGCCUCUUUUCCCGAAGCAAGCGGCGUUGGACUUCACGGCGCCAUUGAAUGGUAAAUCUGAAAACCCGAUGAAGAUUAAUGUGGUUCAAGCUAAUGGGGUCGAGAACGGAGUGAUGAACAUGAAGAAACUUGGGGGUCCUGGCGCAGGAUCUCCACGUAAUUUGAUCCCAAAAACUAACGUCGAUUCAACUCCAUCACCUCCCUUUUAUGCUUUUGAUGAAGGUGGUUUUCGUGGGCGGAGAAGCAGCGGUACUUUAGAGAAAGUGGUGGAGAGACGGCGGAGGAGAAUGAUCAAAAAUCGAGAAUCUGCUGCAAGAUCUAGGGCUCGAAAGCAGGCGUAUACUUUGGAAUUGGAAGCAGAAGUUGCAAAACUUAAAGAAUUAAACCACGAAUUAAUGAAAAAGCAGGAAGAAAUCACGGAGAUGCAGAGGAAUCAGAUAGUGGAGAAGAUGAAGCUGCCAUGGGGGAGUAAGAGGCUAUGCUUACGAAGAACGUUAACAGGGCCUUGGUAGACUUGAUAAACAAUGAUCUGAUUAGAUGUAAAAGGUGAAUUGGAAAAGAUAUAAAUGAUGUGGGUAUGAAAUUUUAUCAUAGAUGUGGGAUUGUGAUCUUGUUAACUGUGUCUGGGUGUGUAAUUAUAUUAUAGACCAGAUUAGCAAGCAAGCAAGCACCUGAUAAUUUGUGCGACUUAUUUUUGAGAGGCGAAUCUUGUAUGUUAAGUUUUAUAGAUCAUGUAGAUCAAAUGCAAACUCUAUCAUGAAUAUUUGUUUGUAUUCUUGAUUUGGUUUACAAA